AUGGCGACCGACGUACACAAGACCGAUGCGAAAGGUGACACCAAGGUUCCUGCGCCAGCUCCUAACGCGGGCCUGGUCAGGAAACCAAGCGAUCCUCAUCCGGCCGGUCGCGUCAAGCACAGCCUGUUGAUGCAGGUACUGCGAGGCUUCUCAUUCGGCGUCUACUUUGCUGCUUGCUGUCUUGCCAUCAUCACCACGCAGAUUCUAGGCGUUCCGCUUUAUUGGGCGAAUCGCGACAUGUUCUACUCCUACAUGGCGCUAACGAAGCAGUCCUUUGGCCUCACUAUUACCGCCAUGACGCACAUUUGGAGCAGUACUACGAUCAGGAUUAGCGGCGAUGCGUCGAUGAACGGUCAGAUCCAAAAGACGGCAGACGGCAGGGUUCAGUUCAACUUCCCGGAGCGAGUGGUGCUUGUCGCAAACCACCAGAUCUACACCGACUGGCUCUACCUCUGGUGGGUAGCCUACGCAAACUCGCCGAGCAUGCACGGACAUAUCUACAUCAUUCUCAAGGAAUCGCUCAGGUACAUCCCCGGGGUCGGCGCCGGCAUGAUGUUCUACGGCUUCAUCUUCAUGUCGCGCAAGAUGUCGACCGACCAGCCGCGACUUGCGCACCGGCUUCAGAAGCUGAAGAAGCAACACGUCGGAACCAACGGGAACAAGUACCUCGAUCCCAUGUGGCUCCUGCUGUUCCCCGAGGGAACGAAUCUGUCUACCAACGGCCGCAGGAAAUCGGCAGCAUGGGCCAAGAAGAACGAUCUCAAGGACCCUGAACACGUGCUUCUCCCACGAAGCACAGGUACCUUUUUCUGCCUGAACGAGCUGAAGGGUUCACUCGACUACAUCUACGACUGUACAGUUGCGUAUGAAGGAGUCCCCCGUGGCAAGUUUGGCGACCAGUUCUUCACUCUCACUAGCACCUACUUCCAAGGCCGUCCUCCAAAGUCGGUCAAUCUUCACUGGCGCCGCUUCCGCCUUGCCGAUAUUCCUCUGGACGACGCCAAAGAUUUUGACACUUGGCUCCGCGAGCGGUGGUACGAGAAGGAUGCUAUAAUGGAGGAGUAUCUGUCGACCGGACGGUUCCCCGCAAGCCAAGAUAUCAAAGGCGGCUUCCUCGAGACCGAAGUCCGCCUGAAGAGUUGGAUCGAGCUCGGGCAGAUCUUCGUUGUGGUCGGCAUCGCCGGCCUCAUCUUCCGCAUGGUCGUCAACUCCAUCACUAGAUUCGCUUCGGUUCUCUAG